UUAUAUCAAUGCAUAUGAAUGAGAGAUAAUGAUGUAGGAAUAGGGGUUACACGUAACUCCCAAGUGAGCAUCUAAUGUGGUAGGGCAUUGGUCAUCCAUAUAUCAAUAAUUACAUAAUACUACCCCUUGGAUGACCACUAGAUUGCAUUACGCUAUCUCAUACCACCUCAUUAAAAACCUUACCAGGAAAACCAUGUUGGAAAAAAACCAUGGUUAAGGGAAAAAGAGUGCAGUGCGUAUAUGUUCCCCUGCAUGACCACAUCACUUCAGAUUUUGAGUCGUUGAACUCAAAUUUUACGAACAACUUUUAGAAAGAUUGUUGUCGGGAGUGAGUUAGUGAACAAUCUUUUAGAUUGUCAAUUUGAUGCAUGAUCUAUAGAUUUUCUUCAUACAUGAUCGUCAGGAUCAUUUCCUUUGGAAAUAGUUCACAAACACAAGUCCUUUAGAUAUGGUGGAUCACAAAGUGCAGCGAAGUACAUUCAAGACUUGCCAAACACGAUCAGCCCCCUAGAAAACACGCUCGACACUAAAAAACAUACUAUCGUGUAAUUUUCUCAGCCCUCGUAAUUGAAAACACGACAAAAUUAAUCCAACACAAGAUCGUAUUUUUCAGCCCGUGUAAUUUACCCCCUUUCACAAUUUUAGUCAUUUCUCCCUCAAUUCUUUACCAAAUCGAUUGAUUCUUUAUCCUACUUAAACUAGAGUUACUAAGAUAUAUCAUAUCCGAAAUUCAAUUCAUUUUAAUUUGUUUUUUUGGGGCUGACACUCGAUUCAAGUUGAAGGUUCAAAACUGUUUCUAACCACUAUCUCUUACAAUUUCAUUCCUUUAUUUGUAUCACCUCACUUUUUGCACUAGAUCAUAAUCAAGUAUCCAUGAAAAUUGGAAAAUGAUGCAUCAUGAUCAAAUAUGAUGAUUUACCAUGAUUUACACCCUUAACACAUGAUUUCCAAACCCAAAGUCAUGAGUUUUUCGAUAAAAAAAAGAAGUCAUGAGUUCCAUUCAAUCUCUCUUGUAUCUUUAGGCAUGUUUGGGUUAUCCUUUUGUACGAUGGCUCUUCAUGGGUCCAUUUCCAUUGGACUUUGGCUUACAAAUUGAAGAAUAUGGAUUUCUGGAGCUAGUAAGGAAAGAAGGCUCUUGGAACUAGCAAAAUCUUAUCUUUGGGAGAAGCGUCAUAUUAAGCUCAGUUUAUUUAUGAAAUGAUAUAAUUUUUUUAUAUGAAGUAUCGUGCUUAGAUCUCAUAUUUCAUUUAUAAUUACAAACUUCAAAUCAAAUAUAGAAUUUUAUCCUAUAUUUGCCUGUAAGUAAAGAGCACUUCUACUAUGCUAUAUAGCAUUGGUGCUUUAAUGUACAACUCAAAGUUGUACCAUAACAUUAAAUGUAUAAGUUUAGGUUGUACCAUAAAGCAAUUUGUACCAUUAUGUUAUGGUACAACUUUACAACUUGAAAUUGUACCAUUACAUAAAGGUACAAGUUCAAGUUGUACCAUAAAAGAAUUUGUAAAAAAAGUAUAGGUACAAUCUGAAGUUGUACCAUAACGUAAAUGUACAAUUUUAAGUUGUACCAUAAAGGCAAAAACUUAUAGCACCAAUACUAUAUAGCAUUGUAAAAUUUCUCGUAAGUAAAUAUGUUUCUUACGUGCCCUGAAGAAAUACGUAAGGGCAUACUGAAUUUUAUAUAUAAGGACAAUUCUAGAACAUAAAUGAAAAUUUUGGUAUGAACUUUUAAAUAAGAUAGCUUUGCUCGAAUUUAGGGAGAAAAUGGAUAAAAUUGGCUUGAAAUUUAGAUUGACUGUUAAUAUUGAUAAUGGGUACAGAGAAAUAAUUGUGUGCAUUGGGAUUUUGGGGGGCCUGAAUCAAUUUCAUUUUUUGGAUUUGAUUUAUGAAAGUAAAAAUAUAAAAUAUUAGGAUAUGCUAAAGGUCAUAUCACGUGGUCUUAUUUAAACAAUUUUCUAAAAAAAGUUUCAUAUUUUUUUCAAGCUUUUUAGAGUUUAUAAAUAAAUGUUGUAGAAGCCACAGUGCGACCUAAAUCUCUUUUUGUAUCCAUUUCCAUCAAUAUUAAUGAUUAACCUCAAUUUCAAGCCAAAUUUGUUCAUUUGUUUAAAAUUUAGUCAAAACUGUCUUAUUUGGUGUUCAGGCAAAAAAAAAAAAAAAAAAAUUUACGCCAAAGUUCGAGCUAAAAUAGGAUAUUGUCUUUAUGAUGUAGAAGUCAAGUCAUAGCCACCUCAGCUUUGUAUGCUUAGUCAUAGACAGAAGAAAAUUUUGGCUCUCAAUAUUAACAGUCAAAUCAAAGAGAACAAGAGCUUGGUCUAGUGGUAAUAACACACUAGUCUUGAACUUGAAAGUUUCAGGUUCAAAUCUUUCAAGUAGCGCCAAUCACAAAAAGUAAACCCAUAAUACCCUUAUACAAAAAAGAGUCAACCCAAAUUCCAGGCCAAUUUGACCAUUAUUUUCAAAAUUCAAACAAAAUUGUUUAUUUGAAAGUUCAAACUAAAAUGGUCAUUUAUGUCACAAUCCAUGGUCUUAUUCUUAAAUAUAAACUUCAAACGGUUCUUACAUGUUUUUUGUUGGUUCACGAGGAUGAGCAAUGAGUGAGUCAACCACUAAACCCACUUGAACUCACACAAUUAUAACUCUUCUCAUACAUGUUCGGGUGGGUACAGUAGGUACGUGUGGAUCAUCUUUCUUUUACACAUAAAAUACACCUAGUUUUCAUGUCAAAAUGUUAAUCGUAAUUUAUUCAAUCAAGUGAUAAUGACUAUAUAUGAAUAUUAGUUGACUUACGACAUAAAUUAUACUUCACUUAUUUUUAAAUAUGAUAACUUGCUGUCCAACAUUUUGUAUUUGCAAAGGAGAUGAUUUAUUUCAGAUUAUGUCAUAAACUACGAUUAGUGGUUAUCGAUUUUCUGUAAUUCUAUAGUUCUAAUAUUGGAUUAACCUUUUCAAAUUAGAACAAUGAAAAUAAAGUCGAUUAAGAAAACUAAAACAAAUAAACAGUAAUUUUAUUCUAUAGAUCCGAUCUUGUUAUGCAAUGGUUAUGUACUUAUUGACCCUAUCUUGGACCCGGCCAAUUGCAGUUUGAGCCCAACGUAAAUUAAGGGGCUUGAGCACAGAUUUUGGGCUUUUGAACGGGUUGCUCUGCCAAUCGCCGAGGUAUUGGGAAACCGGCCUGGCCCGCCGCAUUUUCUGGUGCAAGAAAGCCUUGCUCAACUCAGAACACAGAGGCCAGCGCAGUGUGAUCGGACCUCGUCUCUCAGAUCAGAUAUGGCUGCCUCCAAGUUCGUCGCCGCCGCCUCGUUAACCCACUGCCGCCCCUUCACCUGCGCCGCCGCAUCCGCCGAUGCAGCCUCUCCCUACGGUUCGCGUCUCGCCCCUCACCCUCCAGACCUCAUCAAAUGGGUCAAGCGUGAAGGUGGAUUCGUCCACCAGGCCGUCAAAAUAUCGCGCGACGCUACCGGAUUCGGCCUCUUCGCCUCCCAGCCAAUCCCUAAAGGCUCCCAGCUCAUUGCUCUUCCCGAUCACAUUCCUCUGAAAUUCGCCAGCGGCGGCGAUGGAGCGGCUCCUUCCGUUUUGGCCAAUUUGGCUCGUCAUGUCCCUGAGGAGCUAUGGGCAAUGAAAUUGGGGCUGAAGCUUCUCCAGGAACGAGCCCAGUUCGGAUCUUUCUGGUGGCCGUACAUCAGCAAUCUCCCCGAAGCAUACAGCGUGCCCAUCUUCUUCCCUGGGGAGGACAUUAAGAACCUUCAGUACGCACCUCUGCUUCACCAGGUGAACAAAAGAUGCCGCUUUCUUCUUGAAUUUGAGCAAUUAGUGAAGCAUGUUCUCGACGGUGUAGAGACAAGCAGCAGCGAUCACCCUUUUGGGGGGCAAGCCGUCGAUGCAUCGUCUCUCGGAUGGGCAAUGUCUGCCGUCUCGUCGAGGGCAUUCCGUUUGCACGGAGGUGGAAGCCAUGGUGAUAUUGAUAUCCCCAUGAUGCUACCGCUGAUUGAUAUGUGCAACCAUAGUUUCAAUCCGAAUGCGCGAAUUGUUCAGGAGCAAGGGGGAAAUGAUGAUAUGCUGAUAAAUGUGGUUGCAGAGACUGCAAUUGAAGAGGAUGAUCCCUUGGUGAUCAACUAUGGUUGCUUGAACAAUGAUCUUUUCUUACUGGACUAUGGAUUCGUGGUGCCUUCGAAUCCGUAUGACUGCAUCGAGCUCAGAUUCGAUGGCGCGCUUCUGGAUGCUGCGAGCACAGCUGCUGGGGUAUCUUCUCCAAGUUUCUCAUCGCCUGCUCCUUGGCAGAAAGAGAUCUUAUCCCAGCUGAAGUUGGAUGGAGAAGCUCCUGUUCUCAAGGUAACAAUUGGUGGGCAGGAGCCCGUGGAGGGGCGAUUGUUGGCAGCUGUUAGAGUGAUGCUGACGAGCGACAGGGAAAUGGUGGAGAAACAUGAUUUGAGCACACUGAUGUCCCUGUCAUCUGAUUCUGAUGCACCUCUUGGUACCGCAACUGAAGUGGCGGCUCUUCGUACCGUGCUUGCUCUGUGUGUGAUUGCACUCGGACACUUCCCCACCAAAAUGAUGGAGGAUGAAUUGUUGCUGAAGAAGGGUGUCUCGUCGGCGACAAGUGAACUGGCCAUCCAGUUCAGAAUCCAGAAGAAGGCUCUCAUUAUAGAUGCGAUGAGAGAUCUAACGAAGAGGGUGCAGCUGCUGUUGUCCAAGUCCAAGGACAUGGCUAGUCCUCCCCAGGAAUGAAUUGAAGAAUGUAAGAAUGUUGAUUCGUUGUUUCCGGCUCCAUUUGCUUUGAUCAUGGGUCCAGUAAGCUCAAAUACAUAUGCGCUUAAACAUGGAGAAGAAGGAUGCUUGUGCAGACACAUUUCUCGGUGAUGGUAGCACCAGCGAGGUGCUGGAUUGAGCUUUACGGCAGUCACAGAAUCCCCAGUGGUAUUCGUCUGCAGGAACAAUGUAACAGAUUAAUUUCCAGGCGAUGGCAAUGUGGCGAAAGGCAAGCAUGUGCAAUUUAAAACAUCAAGGUCAUCGGCAAUGGUGCACUUGCUGUUUACAAUUCGAUUCAUGCUGUCCGUGGUCAUGCAAGGAAAACCAGUAUUAAUCGAGCAGCCGACGGAGAAGAUUGUCUGUUCGUUGUAGUGGCCACAUAAUGUCUCUGGUUCGCCGGAGCAAACAGCCAGAGGGAUUGGAGGGUUUGUGAAGGGUGAGAGUUUGCUUUUAAUUUAAGACAUUUUUCGAAUGAUUGUAGUAAGAUGUAACUCGGGGUAACUCACACAACUCUCAAUACAACAGCACAACAUUAUUGAUGCACUUUAACCAAUGACUGGCACAAGUGAAAGGCGAUGAUAAAUGGGCGCACAGUGGUGUUGUUCAUGGCCAGUGCGAGCAAUUAACAUCCGUCAAUUAACGACUCACAACAUGAAAUGACCAGACCUCGAUGGUUACUGACAGGACCUGCAACGACUUGCCACUUGCCUUAACCCACAAACAAACAUGUUCGCAAAAGGCAAAGCAUUUCUACCAAAGCCAUGGAUGUAUUCUGCUUAACCAUAAAUGUUUUAUAAGAUGAACCGAAACUGUCUGGUUCCUCAAGAGUGGUGGAAACAAGACCAGUUAGCAAUAAGGAGAUCCCAACUAAUUCCCACGAAGACAACGUCCAAUAUACAUCUCGGCUUUGGCUGAAAACAAAUCUCUCCAAGUAGGCUUCCACACCAACCCUGGAAUCCCAGGACAUUGUAUACAUAAGAACAGACUAAUCCACAGGAUAACAACAAAGUUGUUUAAUCAAAAGGGAUCUGAGGAAAGGGUCACUCUCAAUCAGCAUGAACUUCCAAUCGUGAUUAAACUAAGAGGUCGGAAUGGUGAGUAUAGCAGAUGAACAACAGCAGAGGAAGGUAGAAGAUAGAAUCAAAUACCGAACGUAUGUGGGAGUAACAACUGAAUUCAGAGACCUGCAUUUGCCAACAUCUCUUCCCAAGUAAGAACCCACCGAAUAAAGCUACAACUUCUGUAAAAACCCUAUUCGAAUAAUAAAACCGAACUCAGAAAGAUUCCAGAACAGGAGGCGAAAGAAUAUAAAGCUCUUGCAUUAUG